CGUUGACCAUGGCGGGUGACGCCCUCGUUGACCAUGGCGGGUGAGCUUGAGGGCUGCAAACCGCUAAGCGCUCUGCUGAGCGGCCUGGCCCAGGAAGCUUUUCACGGGCACUCAGGCAUCACGGAGGAGCUGCUGCGGAGCCAGCUCUAUCCAGACGUGCCGUCCGAGGAGUUCCGCCCCUUUCUGGCGAAGAUGAGGUGGAUUCUUAAGUCUAUUGCAUCUGCAGACAUGGAUUUCAACCAGCUGGAGGCAUUCUUGACUGCUCAAACCAAAAAGCAGGCUGGGAUCACAUCUGACCAAGCUGCUGUCAUUUCCAAAUUCUGGAAGAGCCACAAGACAAAGAUCCGAGAGAGCCUCAUUAACCAGAGCCGCUGGGACAGUGGGCUUAGGGGCCUGAGCUGGAGGGUUGAUGGCAAAUCACAGUCAAGGCACUCAGCUCAGAUACACAUCCCUGUUGCCAUAAUGGAGCUGGAAAUAGGGAAAAGUGGACAGUGAAUCUUGGCAACAUGAUUCAAAGAAUUCAACAGAUGCCAAUUUUAAGGAAUCGGAAUUUCUCUGUUUGGAAUUUGAUGAAGUCAAGAUUAACCAAGUUCUGAAGAAGCUCUCAGAGAUAGAAGAAAGUAUCAGUACACUGAUGCAGCCAGCCUAGCUGAAGAUGGAGUUACUGAAGCAAAGAUGUUCAUGAUCCCUCCCCAGUGACCUGUUUAAAAAAAAAGUCUUAUUCCCCCAUUAAUAUUAAAUCCUCAAAUUCCAA